AUGGCGGCGGCGGCGGCGGCGGUGGGCGCGGCCGCGGGGGGCUCGGGAGCGGCAGGCGGCGGCGGCGGCGGCGGCGGGGCGCGCGAGGGCGCGCGGGUGGCGGUGCUGUGUCUGCUGUGGUACGCGCUGAGCGCGGGCGGCAACGUGGUCAAUAAGGUGAUUCUGAGCGCCUUCCCGUUCCCCGUGACCGUGUCGCUGUGCCACAUCCUGGCGCUGUGCGCGGGGCUCCCCCCGCUGCUGCGCGCCUGGCGCGUGCCCCCCGCGCCGCCCGUCUCGGGCCCCGGGCCCGGCCCGCAUUCCUCGCCCGGCCCGCUGCUGCCGCCGCGCUUCUACCCGCGCUAUGUGCUGCCGCUCGCCUUCGGCAAGUACUUCGCGUCCGUGUCUGCACACGUCAGCAUCUGGAAGGUGCCAGUGUCCUACGCGCACACCGUCAAGGCCACCAUGCCCAUCUGGGUGGUCCUCCUGUCCCGGAUCAUCAUGAAGGAGAAGCAGAGCACCAAGGUGUACUUGUCACUCAUCCCUAUCAUCAGCGGCGUCCUGCUGGCCACCGUCACCGAGUUGUCGUUUGACAUGUGGGGGCUCAUCAGCGCCCUUGCUGCCACACUGUGCUUCUCGCUUCAGAAUAUUUUCUCCAAAAAGGUGCUGAGAGAUUCUCGGAUCCACCAUCUCCGGCUGUUGAACAUCUUGGGCUGCCACGCUGUCUUCUUUAUGGUCCCCACGUGGGUCCUGGUGGACCUCUCGACUUUCCUGAUCAGUAGCAACCUGACCUCUGUGUCCCAGUGGCCCUGGACGCUCUUGCUGCUGGCUGUCAGUGGCUUCUGUAACUUUGCCCAGAACGUCAUCGCCUUCAGCAUACUCAACCUCAUCAGCCCUCUGAGCUACUCGGUCGCCAAUGCCACCAAGAGAAUCAUGGUCAUCACGGUGUCCCUGAUCAUGCUGCGAAACCCAGUCACCAGCACCAACGUCCUGGGCAUGAUGACAGCCAUCCUGGGGGUCUUUCUGUACAACAAGACCAAGUAUGAUGCCAAUCAGCAGGCCCGGAAGCACCUCCUCCCUGUCACGACGGGGGACCUGGGCAGUAAGGAGCAUCACUGGAGCCCCCUGGAGAAACCCCACAAUGGCAUCCUCUUCCCCCAGCAAGAGGACUAUCAGUACAGCCAAAAUAACAUCCUAACAGAUCACUUCCAGUACAGCCGGCAGAGCUACCCAAACUCAUACAGUUUGAACCGUUACGAUGUAUAGAGUCUAGAGGGCAGGACAGACUGUUCUGCGACUUCUUCCCCAACCCCCAGCAGCUCCAGAAACUUCUGACAACCAGUGAAUGUAUAAUCCAGCCGAGGGGCCGGUGCAUAACCAUCCGAAGACCCUGGGGGGCAGCAGGAUGCCAUCCCUGCAGUGAGGAUCAGCACCCCCCUUGAGCUUGGUGUUUCACGCCCUUUCUUCCUGGAGUCUAACAUCUGAGGGCUGUGUCUCUGGAGAUCUUGGCUGGGUUUUACCUUUCUGUGUGGACUUACUCCCCAGUCGUGUUUUUCAGAGUUCUUGUCUGCUUUCUAGCUAACUUUCAGGACCAUCUCUGGAAAGGUGGGAUCGCUGUGGAUACAGACCUCGGUGCAGGCAAGAGGUGGUUUCCUAGGGCCAAGGAGAGGACCGUAGGGUGGUGCCUGAGAGUGACAAACUAGCCGCUGUAACUCCACUGCUCAGAUACGCAUGGAGCAGAGGAGGAGCGUGAGAGCUACGUAGAACAUCUCCAGCAACCGAGAUGGACCCUGUUUCCCACUCAGCUCCAUGGCUGUUCACAAUUACUGGCCAACGUUCCAAAGUGAAAGGCUAUUGCAAUUAGCAUUGACUCCUUGGAGCCUCUUUCUUCGACCUGCGAGUCAGAGGGGGUGUGUGUGCCCAGAUCCAGGGGAAGGGCAGGUGCUCUCCUCUGUCCCUUUCUACCCUUGGGCCGUGAGGAGGGUCACUGGGAGGCCAUGUCAGUGUUUCAAGCUCUAGCUUUGCAAGACUCGUUCGUCUUUUCUGAUGAGUCUUCACCACUUCUGUGCUGACUUGGGAUGUCUGGUGGGGAGAUGUUGAUUUUAUGAGGAUCUUGCAUUUUUCUAGGGAAUAUUUUCUACCUGUGUGUGUGUGUUUAUGCCUUGGUCCCCAGUAGGGGACACAUGAGGAGUGGCUUAUGGAUUGGAAAGUCUUGUUUUUAAAUGUUUAAAAACAAGAAAAGUUCCUACUGGUGCUGCCUGCCUGACACGUUUCGGCGUUUAGUAGGAGGCCGUGAAGAGUUCUGAAGCCCCUCUCUAAUGACCCCCAUGGCUGAAGGUGGGAUGAAUCAAGAAUCUCAACAGUCUGUAACAGAUGAGGCUGCAGCACUCUGAUUCCAUGAUCUGUUCUUGUGGUGUUUAUGUUAGGAUCUGAAUCAUGUCCAGUGAAGGAGAGAGGGGGUGAGCACCAAGCUAUGAUUUGGUGUGCCAAAUUGGAUGCCUUGAUCAAGAAAAGUUCGGGUUUUGGCAGAGUCACGUCAUCAGGAAGAUUAUGUCACCUCACUAGGUAACGCCUGUGCAUCCAGGUCCAGGGCGGGGUCUCCGUCUUUCCUGCAUCAUGACAGGACUAUGCCCUCACGGAGGGGACCACUGGCUCAGCUGGUGGGGUCUUCUGUGAUGGCUGUCCUCUUCCUUCAGCACCGUCCCCAGCCUCUUGAACAGGCACUUGGAGUGAGCAGAUGGGACGGCGAGUCACCCUUUACCUCCUGGGGAGUGAGACAUUUCCCUGUUGAGGGAGGAAGCACCGUAGCUUCUGCUUGACUCCUGGUUUCAUAAUUGGAAUUCUGUAUUUAAGAGGCUACAUUUUGUCAGCUUAUGAAUGAGCUGCUCCUGGAGAGGUCGCAGGGUCACCUCCUGGCCUAUGAGUUUACACACCACCAGCCUCAGGAGUCCCUGUUUGUCUAUUGCUUGCUUUAUAAUUACUUUGGCCCCAGGUUUUGAGACAAUUGCUGUGUAAAACCAGAAGAGGCAAUCCUGAAGGGUGUUAUUUGUGACAAGAACUUGCUGAGUGCCUUCACCAGAGGCAGGAGUCUGCAGCUGAGUUUUUCUCACGGGUGAGUAACAACAAAUGAGGAUAAUUUUGCACAGCAAAGAUAUUACAGUGGUUGUCUUUAUGAUAAUAGUAACUGAUUCCUUGAAUAGAUAAUUGAACUCCAAAAUGAAUUAUGCCUCUAUUCAGGUUUAAUGAAAUUUAUGUUGUUGCUGAAAUUUGUAUAUUAGUUCAUUUUCCUUUUCCAAUGCAAGAUCUGCUGGUGAGGGGAAAUGACUGGUUUUAUUACAGUUUAUAAAUUAAUAAAUGGGAUAUUUAAUUCUGUACAUAAAUUUACAGCAGGUACAUACACUGGAAUGAAUGAGACAAUCAUAUUAGACCAAAUCAUCAGAUCAGAAGACAAAGACACACUUUUGAGUCUUGAAGGUUCAGAGCUGACAUUGACAUCCUGGAGGCCAGUUUUCCAGCCACUUCCUGCCCUGGCCCCCAGCCUGCACCCUACACCCCUCAUUCAUAUCUGUAGCUCUGUUACCCUCAGUCCCCUCACUGCUUGGGUUUGUGGGAGCCAAUUUCACAUACCCAACCAUGGUAGGGUCUGGCCUGCGACACUAACUCCAACCCCACUCCUUCAUUUUAUAGAAGGGGAACCCGAGGCUCAGAGGGCAUUUCUGAAUAGUGUUUGUUCACUAUUUGGAGACUCGCUGUGGAAUUUUUAAGCACCUUAUUUUAAGUCAUUCAUUCUAGGGAAAAUCAAAAACCCCUAUUACAAAGGAGAGAAACCAGAUAUGUUCAAGUGGAAAAGCACUUGGAAUUUCUGAAUUUUGCUGCGUAUCUGGCACACAUCAUGCCACAAGCCCUUUAUCGUCACUGGGAUGUAGCCAGACCCUGAUACCUUAAGUUCUACCGGCCUUAAGGGCAUAGAAUGUUAAAUUAUUAAAGGAUCUGAAAGUUGUGAAUUCUUUUUUUCAACUGUCACCUCUUUUCAAGAUUUAAAUGCUAAAGACUGUUCUGUGGGAAUGAUACCAUGUGUAUAUUCAUUGACGGCAUUUACCAAAAAUAAAUGAUGGUCUCCAGGGAA